AUGCAGAACCGCUCGUUGAGCAGCGUGGGUCGCAGCCGUGCUGUGCUGCUGCUGGUGGCUCUACUGCUGUGCCAGGAAUCCUCGGGCAGCUUCAUCAAGCUGCGCCCAAAUACCCUGCGCGAGUUCCAAUUCCUCCAGUGCCGCGGAGACUACGAUAAGGAACGCUACACUGCCCUCAGCCGCGUCUGCGAUGACUGCCACAACCUGUUCCGACAGCCACAGGUCAUGACGGAGUGCAAGUCGAACUGCUUCCGCAACUCACUCUUCCUCACCUGCGUCAAUCUCCUCAAGUUGGAGCAUCUCGAGGACGACUUCAAGAAUAAUAUCAUGAUAGUCAGCGGAAACGAUCUCUAACUCUCUUCAACUGGCGGACAACUCUCAACAGUGUCGGAUCCUGAACGCGACGGACUGGUGCCAAACUUCUUAUUAUCCUCCAUUUUAUCGUUUUCUGAUCUGAUUGUCAUUGUUGUGCUUUCUGAAUGUCAUGGAUUGGUUUCAAUGUUGCUAGGUCUAGACUUUAUUUAUUUACAUAUUGGUUAGUCGGAAAUUUCCUGUCAAAACUGUGUCGGAUGUGAUUUUUUUUUACUCGCCAUUUUGUUAGUAUUAACUUAUUCCUAAACCAGAUUAGUUUACAUAUGUAAAUAUCAACCUUCUGUGUCGAAUUAAGAAUAAUUACUUAUUUUUGAUUGUUUUCCUUCUAUCUAAAAUCUGCAGAUUGAUAUCAAACUUGUUGAAACCAAAACUUACUAAUAAUCAUAAAACUUAUACAUAUGUUCUAUCCUUGUAUUCAGUAAUCACAAACUUUUAGAUCUCAUUUGCGCAUAUCUUUCAUUAUCUAUUUUUUUAGCACACUGUAUUUCCACUUAUAUAUGUACGAAAAAAAAAUAUAUAUUUGAAAUCACUAUUAUUG